AGUCGCGCGUAAUUAAUUACCUCUUUUUUCAGGGCCAAGUCCUUGGUCCAUCAUGGCAUGAUGAAUGACGCUUCCUAGGAUAUUAAGUAGACGCCUCCGUGGUGUAGAUUAAGAAAAAAUUAAACGACAAGAAUGUAGUUCACACAACUCCACCACCAAUCACCAAAAGAUGUUUCCCAACGCAACAGUAUCAUCAAGAAGUAGUUCGAGUCGUAGCGGUAACAGUUGUAGUCGAAAUUCAUCGAUGCCAUCAUUACGAAUGCCAAAUCCAUUAUUACCUAAGACGUCGUUUAAUCCACUCUAUCGUAAUACGGACGCGUUUACCAGUUUCGACGCGUCAAACUUCGCGUUUCAUGAAAACAAGAGGCUCAAGAAAGAAAAGCAACCUAUUUUAAGACGGUUUAACUCGCACGAUUCGCACACGAAUUUGAUUGAUGUCAGGGUGGAAUCGAAUACGUCAAAUUCGAAUAAAAGUCGUACGGAAGAUUCGUUGCCUACCCCAAGUGUAAGUCCGAAUUCGACAGAAGAACGGAAUAGGCGUCCACAGUAUGAGGCUAGAGACUUUUUAGAAAAAUACUCGUUACCCAGAAUUGUUAGAGUGGAGGAUGGUGAACCCCUUUUGCUUUAUCGGUGUUUCGAUAGUUUCACGAAGGUGCAAGCCCGAGGUGUCUCCAGCAAAAAGGGAAAGGAAAAGGCAGAUUUAAAUACGUUGCAUUUUCCCGAAGGCUAUCCUGGUUGGUUCUCCUUAACAAAUGAAAAAGGAGAAAAAGCUGCAGUGGCCCAUUCUUCGGUGUUGCAGCUUGUUAGAGAACAAGUUUGUAGUUUUAUUAGCAUUCAAUCUUUCACUGCCUACACUGCGGGCAAUCAAGACUCUUCAGACGGUAUGAAUGCGAGAUCUCAGUAUUUGAAAACUCAAAUUCGCGGAGGGCAGGUGUUCCAGUUACGAGCCGUUUUUCAGCACCAGGACCGUUCGGAAGGAGGAAAACAUUCGACGCGAUCUUCUAGAAUUUCACGUUCGACAAGAGAUAAGGAUCUCGCUAACCGUUAUGCGCAGCUUACCAGUCAGAAUAAUCAGGAGUUAUACGUUCCUUUAACAACCAAAGGCGAAUUUUACGAGAUUUACAGUACCAUGAAGGCUCGAUUGUGCUUUCCUGGUCUUAUAGACAAGACGGGUCCAUUAGCAUUAGAUAAGGAUUGCCUGUAUAAAUUAACACAUUUAUUAAGAAGAAUCGCACUGCCCGUAAAAGUGAAACUCUUAAGUGGAUCCUUGCCGCCAGGUGUACCCAAAGAAUUUACAGAUUCCUUUGUGUUGGAGAAAAAGAUUCAAGAGCCUUUAAUGGUGACCUGCACGUUGCCUCCGCCAUCAGAGGAUAUCAAGCACGAAAUUAGCUGCAUCAAUUUGAACUCCCGGGUCAAAAUUUCGAAAUGCACCCUGGGAUUUGAUUCCGAAAGUCGGCUAUUUAAAUCCCAGCGUGUACAAUCGACACUUGCGUUCUGUCAUAAAAACGUGGACAGUUGGUACAGAGAAGUGCGACUAAUUCCAAACAUACACUUAGAGGCAUCGCAUCAAACGCCUCAAAUUACCUGUGUUGAAUGUCGAAAACUGAACAGACCAUGCACUGAUACGUGUCGGGCCAAAUAUGAAGAACAAAACGUAAAACAGUUAAUAACAAAACAGGUCAUUGAUAAAUUUCCUAAACCGAAAAAAUGGUACCGACACUUUAAGAUUUUGGGUCUCGGUAGUGAAUCCAACAGCAAGUUUGAAGAUAUGAAAGAUCCGAUGGACGGUAUAGAAAAAGGAAAAAGCAUGGAGCGAUAUAAAGACAUGUCGAAAUUAAUCGAAGACAAAUUCGGAAAGAAGAGUUACAACCCGGUUAAAAAGUCGGCGAGCUUCAUGUACUCCAACAAAAGGAUGGAUCUACAGGAAACCCCCACCGAUAAAAAAGGCAAUCCAGCAUUACUAAAAUGUCAAAGUUUGGAUACUCAGAUUUAUGCAAACGAAGACGACCAUCAACUGAAAUUGCUCAAGGAGAAACUUCAUCGAAAAAUCUCGAAUGCGUCCGAAUCUCUGAGCGUGGAUUUCGAAAUGUGCAUUCUCGAAAACGAAGGCGGAGUUGUAAACCAUGGAAAAAACAGCGUUAGGCAAGGGCACUCGCUGAAAGAUUUAACGACCAGUCUUCAUAUUACCAAGAUCAAUUUCGACGAAAUCAAACCGGCUGAAGAUAUAGCCAAGCUCCGAAAGACGAAGCCCGACUUAAUUCCUACCUUACCGAAGAGCGAUGGCACGUCUUCUUACAUCACCGAUCGACUUUGCUCAGAAUUCCACGUGAAAACGAAAAUGCAAAAGAGGACCGGCAGUAAGCAGAAUUUACUAACAAACUCGGAGCACUUACGUAGCAGCGUGCGCAUCAUUGAGUCAAUUAAAAGCCGCCACUUCUCAGUUUUCGAGAGUAAAAAGAACCUUAACACCCAAUCAGUCGUAGUGCAAGUGCACGAGGAAUCGUUACCAAAAAGCAAAAAGGGAACAUCCGUCAUUGUCGAUGAUAUACCAUACAGUCACGUGAUGGACGAAGUACGUGAACGGACAAAUGGUAAACAAGAUGAAAAUAUUUACGCGGAAAUUUGUGAGGAUUCCUGCAAUUGUGAUAGUAUGCCAAAAUGUGAUUGUAAACGAACUAAAAAGGCUAAUUCCGAUUAUUGUUACGUUAAAUUAGGGUCGAACGGCGAUAGUGUCAUUCAAUCGGAUUCGGAUGAGGCCAUCUAUAAUACGCUAAGAUAAUUAGUAAUUAUGUAUCUUAUUUUUAGUGUAUAUAUCCUAUGAUUCUGACAUUCAGAUUUGUGUACGUAUGUAAAUAAUUCUUAUUUAGAAUAUGUAGCAAGUUCAGUAAACUAUUGCCGAAG